AUGGGUGUCAUCUCUCAACACCUAUCGCACCCCAUCGCACCAUCGCACCUGUUCGCACCCAUAGGACCAUUUAACCCUCAGUCUGGUACAUUGUGCGCUUCUUUCACGUUCGAUUCUGAUAAAUCCCAGGUAUCCACUCGAUCCGGAGUCCGCAGUGAAAGAAUCUGGAUUGUAUACAAUGGCAGAGGAACAAAGACCAUCCGCACACGCCACUCCAAGAGCCUCGAGUUGAUACGCCAAAAACAGGCUCGCCGAAGGAACAGUCUCCUCUGGAAGUCUUUCGAGUACUGUCGAGAAUGCGAUGCCCACGUCUUCAUGAUGACAAGACUCAGGCACAACGGGCAGGUUGUAUUUUCCAAUUCCAAUGCCCAAUGGCCUCUAUCACGGAGCAGCUUGCCUCACCCAACGCCGAGGGAAAUAACAUGGCACGAUAUGGCUACCAAAUUCGCCGGUGGAGGCGGAGUCUCCGCUGGGGAGCCAACUGCGUAA